AUGGAGAGGCUGAAGCGGACCCUGAAGUCAGACCAUGACAAAGCUGUGGAGGUGGUGGAGCCAUGCAUGCCCAUCAUCACCCGGAUUUCAAGUCCUGCAGAGAUGGUCGAAGGUGAUGCAAAAGUAGCCAACCAGCCCUCUGGCAGCCAUCAGCGGGAGACCGAUACAACAGUGGACAGUGUGCAGAAAGCACCCAAGGAGUCUGGUGUCGUCACAACUGCGACACCGUGCACCAGUGUGAUCGGUGCUUGGGCCACCAUCCAAGCGCCAGCGGAUACAUGCAUGCCUGCGGCUGUGACCUCAGUGGCAGAGAAUUCAGUGGAGGCUCCCAGGACUACAGAAUCUGGAAGCAUCCGCGUCUUGUAUCUUUACAGCGGUCCGCACAGACCUAUUGAUGGCCUGGCAAAGUUUCUGCGUGAGUUGGGGGCGGAAUGUGUCUGUGUGGACAAGGAAUUCGACAAUGGUCAUGAUCUCCUGGAUCAACACUUCUGGGAGGAGUGCCGUGGCGAUUGUGAUGAAUUCGACAGCUUCUUGGUCUCACCACCGUGCAGCACGUUUACACCUGCAAGAAGAGGUGAUGGAGGGCCACAACCACUUAGAGGAGUGGAAGGAGCCGAAGUCUACGGCUUGAAGGGCUUUAGACCAAAUGAGAAGAAACAAGUCUCCGAGGGCAAUGUUCUAGCGAUACGGGCAGAGAACACUGCAACCUAUGCCCACGUCAAUGGAAGGUGGUGGAUCAUUGAACAGCCCCAUGGAAGGCCUGGCAAAACCUCAAUGUGGAACCUGGAUGAAUUCAAGCAGCUCAGGGAGAAGGAGGACGUCUAUCUCUACACCUUUGACCAGUGCAGAUUUGGCUGCCUGGCGGAGAAAAGGACCGACCUCUCAUCAAACAUCCCUGGUUUAGAGGAGUUCACAGUCUUAUGCAACCAUGAAAUCCAGAGGUGGGUCAUCCCAUGGAGUGGAGAAGUCAUUGUUGCACCACAUCCUCCACUUAGGGGCAAGCAGUGGGCGGUGCUCGAAUCAGAUUGGAGCCCGUCGAUGUUACGAGAGGCAGAACCACCUGGGGAUUACAUCACCAGGUCUUGCGCUGCCUAUCCAAAGGAGCUCAAUGCAGCGCUAGCAAAGGCGUUGCUGAGGAGGAGAAGGCCCACAGAGCCACCAGAGCAACGGACAAUGCGACCGUCGACGGAAACCACUGACACCGUGAAAGUUCAGAAGCUGAUCCCACUCAGAGGGGCAGAGAAGGUGGCAACGUCAGAUGAUAGCAGCGACAGCCUCAGAGACGUCCACAGGUGGGUAACUGACAAAGCCCGGUUCAUUGGCAUCCAGGUGCGCAACAUUGUGUUUCAGUUGUUUGAUCAGCAGCCCGAGGUGGAAGCUGACAUUCUGGAAUCCUUAGGCAAGAGAUCAAACGAGGACAUCAUCAACACCACCUGGAUGCACGGGCUGCGCAACAGAGUUCUUGACCUCUUGUCAAGAAAUCGUGCACCUGGCAUGGAACCCGCAUGCGAUGUGGGUGAAGUAGAUGAAGAAGGCUACAGGAUGUGCAUACGAGGGAGGCUGUUGGAGUACUGGGCACGAGUUGUGUCAGAUCCUGGAAAGGAAUGCGCAAAGAGGACAUACAAAGGGGCACCAGCAGGAUUGGAGGUAGACACCAAGGACCUUGAUGGCGUGUUUCCGCAAGUCACGGCGGAUGGUGAUGAGGCACCGUGGGAAUCCAUGACCACGGAAUUUGACAGCUUCCAAAACUACAUGGGCAUCGAAGAGGAUGAUGAGGCCUAUGAGACCUUGGCUUUUGAUUGGGUUUAG